UUCAGAUAACGCCGGCUAAGGACUGGUAUACAACCUCUACAUCAUGCACAUCAAAGUCUGCGUCAACGUUGUUCUACUUCUGGCCGUACUUCUGACAGAUGCAGCCAAGAAGUGCAACACGUGUAAGAAGGGUAGGGGCGGGGGGAACUGCGUACCGUGUUCCCCUGGUGACGGCCCCCCACACUCCACCGCCUCCAUCCUGCCAUCGGACACAACUGUUCCAACACUUGCCGUGACCCUGCCGUCCAGUGUUCCCACUGACGCUGUCGUUGCAUCAUCCACAUCAACGUUGCUAUCUGGAGCGCCGGAAACGUCACUUCCUUCAACAACGUCUUUGUACCAAGUGUCAUUGGAAAUGCCGUUGCAAACAUCUUUUUCAACCCAUGACGGAUCAGCGUUCUCGUCCAGUACACAUGCACCGACAAGAACACCAGCUGCACUGGUCUCUGCUGCAACAAGCACGCCGACCUUGCCGUCUGGAAUUCCGACAACGUCGCCAUCUUCAACCUCUACAUACACCGUAUCACAAAGGUCAUCGGAAAUCCCGUUACAAACGUCGUUUUCACGUUCCGUAGGGUCAUCUGAGAUUGCAACGCAUUUCAAUGACGUUACAUCCGUGAACACAAAUUCCAGUGACGUGUAUCACAACUUACCAGGGUGUCAGGUUCUCAGCUGUACCUUCAAGCCUCAGUCUGGACCUGUAAGUUGGACGAUGUUGGAUAGUGAGCGUUACGAUAUGCGUGCGCAGUGUGCAGAAUGGUGUGGACGGAUAGAGGACUGCGCAUACUUCGUAUACGUAGCUGAUUCCAAAAUGUGCAACGUUUACGCCUCAGACGGAACUCAGUCAUCAGAAUCCGAGGUGAUCAUCUGGGUCAAAGUUCACAGUUAGACACUUCCGCUUCCGGGGUCGCGUGUUUCUUUUCCACUGUCCCCUCACAGCGUCACCGGGUGGCGCUGAUACCUCGCUAACUGACACUUAGGGUAGCCAGGUACGAGUACCACAAGACGGCAUUGCAAGGAGUUUACCUGUUAGCGCGUAACCAGUUUACCGACCUAAUAAAACAGCGUCUCAGUG